UUUUGUUGGUGAGUGAGUGGCUUGUUGGCUGGCUCCCCACUAUGGAAGUCGACUAGUUGAAAACAGUUAUUUUCGUAGCGCAUACAAGGUGCCAAGCAAAAGUAAACGGGCGCGCACGGUUUUUGUUGAAAUCUCUUGUUAAAAACGAAGAUCACUCUCCCUCUCUUUAAACCAAAAAUCUGCAACUACCUAGAAACAUUAUUAAUUGGCUUAUCACACACAAGUCAAAGUGAAAAGCGUACAAGAACAAGGCCGUUUCAAGGCAUUAUUUGUUUAAUCUGGCGUGAUCAUUUUUCGGAACACAAGAUACGAAAAUGGCCAAUAAUAUUGAUACUUUAACCAAUGAAUGGGAUGAAUUGAAUAAAGAAUUUGUAGAUUUGGAGGACUGCAAUCGUAAAUAUAUUGAAUUGCUGGAACAAUUACAUUCCCAUCAACAAAAAUGUUUCAAUGAAAUAAAACAUCAGCGUUAUCGCAUGAAUCAAAUUAGUGCAUCGCUAAAGCAAUUUAAAAAUAUUCAAUCACCCGAAGAAAAAGAAAAAGUUGGAGAAUUGCAAAAAAAUACUCUUAAGCGCAAAGCUCAACUCUAUGAAAUUGAGCAAUCAUUACCAGCUAAAUCAGGUCGCUAUCUAAGAAUAAUUUUGGGUGAUGUUAAUGUUUCAAUUCUAAACAGAAACGAUAAAGUGCGCUAUAAAGAUGAAUAUGAAAAAUUCAAAUUGAUACUCAAUGUCAUAGGUCUAUUAAUGGCCUUUGUUAAUUUGAUAUUUAAUUACAGAGCCCUCGAAUUAUCCUACAUUUUCUUAUUGGUUUGGUACUAUUGUACCCUAACCAUACGUGAAUCGAUUUUAAAAGUAAAUGGCUCUCGUAUCAAGGGCUGGUGGCGGGCCCAUCAUUUUAUAUCGACUGUGGCCGCUGGUGUAUUACUGGUAUGGCCUCAGGGUGAACAUUGGCAACUGUUUAGAAAUCAAUUUAUGUACUUUAAUGCCUAUAUAAGCAUGGUCCAAUAUCUACAAUUCGGUUAUCAAAAGGGUUUGCUGUACCGUUUAAAGGCUUUGGGUGAACGCCACAAUAUGGACAUUACCAUUGAAGGUUUCCACUCUUGGAUGUGGCGAGGUUUAAGUUUCUUAUUGCCCUUCUUGUUCAUGGGUUAUGCCUUCCAGGCCUAUAAUGCUUGGACAUUAUAUAAAUUGUCUACCAGCCCACCAGAUGCACCUUGGCAUGUUUCUGCUUUGAGCGGUUUAUUCUUUUUGCUAUUUAUUGGCAAUAUCUGUACAACCCUAUUGGUGGUACCCGAAAAGAUACGUGAGCGCGCCAAGGAACGUUAUCGUCUUAUCAGUAUGGGCAAAUCAAUGAAAUUGCGCAAACAAAUGAAGAAUAGCAUGAGUGAAUCUGAACUCUCCUCUAAACCAGGCACCACAACAUCACCCAUGGCCGAUUCUACCACAUCGUUAGAAUCAACGCUAGAAGACAAGAAAAGCAACUAGUGAUAAUAAUCUAAAAAAAAGAAUGAAACACACACACAACUAUUUAAGAAAACUAUAAAAGGAAACAAGAACUUAAGUUCCAUUAAACUAAAUGAAACACACAUAAAUUAUUAAAAGUAACAUGCAGACUUAGAAUAUUUAUAAUAGAAAAACUAACCUACCGAAAAAUUAAAUGGAAAAAUAAAACAAACAAUUCAAAAUGGCUAAAUAAAAAAUCUUUAAAUACUAAAUUAAAUAGUAGAAUCUAUAAACAAAUAUGCAUGAUCAAAAUCGAAGGGAAAAAAACAAUUAAUUUUGUAAGAAAAAUUAUCAAAUAAAUUACUUGAUGAUUUUAACAGCUUUACAAAUAGUAAGGCUUAAGUUUUACACAUACAGGUUAUAACAUUCAAAAUGUCAAAAACUUAAUCUUAAACUUUAUAAAUAUUGGAAAUACCGUCUAAGACUUUAAGAGCUCUUUGCCAAUGAUAUUUUUAUGAUUUUGGUAUUUUACUUAGUUUAAUAAUUAAACCUUUCAAAACUUCUAAAUUGAUUUGUAGUUUAGCUUUUAUUUACUGCAUUAUUUUCUUUAAUAUUGCUCAACAUUUUUGAAUUUUCACAACAUCUAAUUCAAAUAAAAAUUUUGAAUUUCAAAACUCCUGAAUUAUAGUUAAUGCUGCAUGCAAUUAUAGAAAAAUCUUUAUAAUUAAAUGUUAAUUACUCUUUGUUUAAUUUAUUAUUAUUAUUAUUUUAUUUAGUUUUCCCUUUCUUAAUCAUAAGUUAUACUAAUUCUUCUUUUUACUAUUAUUUAUACCAGAUAAUUUGUUUUAAGUCAGUUAAGAUGGCUCAGGAAUAUUCAUUCCAAGAAUCCAACUAAUGGCAAACAAAAAUGAACAAUAUUUAAAUGACUUUUAAAAAAAAAAAAAAAAUAACAUAAUUUUCCUGCAUUCUCUUGUAUUUGUAUUCUAAGAGCUAAAAGAAAACCAAACAAAACCACAAUUAAUUACACAUUAGAGUAAUUAUGAGUACAUUUGUAUUUCUAUUUGUUUGUAUUAUUUCAAAUGAUAGCAUUUAAACUUAAACUAAUACAACCAGCUAAUUAGCUUAGGUCAUUAAAUGAAUUGAGUAUGAUUAAAAUACAUUUUUAAUAUAGCAAAAAAAAAAAACUCCCAACCAAAUCAUUACUCAAAUAUGAGUAAUUAAAAAUUUAAAUUUAAUUAACAUUUUGGUAUUUGCGUAAGAAAUUAACACACAAAUUUGUAAACUUUAAAGUUAAAUGUUCUUAUUUAAAAAAAGUAAACUUUAAUUUGUAAUUGUGUAAAAAAAAUAAAAUUAAAUUUUAACAAAACAAA